AUAGCGUAAUGACAUAUAAUAAAAAGUCUUUUCAGAUAAUAAAUGAGAGACAUGAUAUUUAAGAGUAAUUUCCUAAAUCUUUCUUUUCAGAGGUCGGAUGAGAAAUUUUUGUGAAAUAAUUGUUCCAAUAUUAUGGAAAAAUCCUUGGAAACCUUUAAAUUAUCCAUAUAAAAUAGAUAAAUUAUUAAUAAAAGUAAUUUUUUCACAUUUAUCAGAAGAAUCAAGAAAUAAAUUAAAAAAUCUUGAUUUACCAAUAAAUUCAUAUAAAAAACCUUUUUUUAAUUAUAUUAAUUUUUGUAAACAUUUAGAUUUAAAUAAUUUAAAUGCAAUUGAUAGAAUAAUUUAUACUAUUGAUGAAAAUUUCAAAAUUAAAUUUGAAAUUUAUGAUCUUUUUAUUAAUGAAAAUACAAAAUUUACACACCUUUAUAUACCUCAACAAUCUGGAAUUCCAAUACAUCUUUUUCCUGAAGCAAAAAGAUGUUUUUCAGAAAUAAAAUUUCUUAGUUGUAGUACUGUAAUAAAUAGUAAUAUUUUAGUUUGGUUAACAGAAACAUGUAAGUCAAUUAAUGAAUUAGAAAUUAUUGUUGAAGAACAUAACAAUAAUUAUAUUCAUAUUACUAAAUUAAUUGAUUCCCUUAAAAAUUUAGUUAACGUCUAUUUUUUGAAAAAUUAUCCAAAAUAUCCCACUUUUCCUAAUUAUCACAAUUUUCCUAAUUAUUCUAAUUAUCCCAAUUUUUCAAAUUAUUCCAAUUAUCCAAAUUAUUCCAAUUAUCUUAAUUAUUCCAAUUAUCCUAGUUAUUCUUACUAUCCCACUUAUUCCACUUAUAUCAAUUAUUCUAAUUAUUCUAAUUAUUCUAAUUAUUCCAAUCAUUUAAAAUAUAAUGAUGGAAUCUAUAGAAUUCUUGAAAAUUCGUUAGCCAAACAUGCAAGUACUAUACAAUAUAUUAAAUUAACCAAACCACCUAUCACAAGAUUUCUUUCAUUUUUUGUAAACUUAAAAAAAUUAGAAUUAGUUGAUGAAACAGAAACUCAUACCAUGAAAUGGGAUUGUUUACAAAAUUUUUCUUUACCUCAUUUACAAAUUAUAGAAGUUAGUAAUAUUCCAAUCAAUGUUCUAAUAAGUUUAAUUGAAAAUGCAAGUGAAUCCCUUAUUGAAAUAAAGACUGAUUGCGUAAGUCAUGAUGUGAUUAAUAAUAGAAGAAUUAUUCGGGUUAUCUAUAACAAAUGUCCAAACUUGAAAUAUCUUAAAUUAUUGUUUAGAAAUCACAAUAUUUUAGAAUUAAAGAAAUUAUUAAUUAAUUGUCAAUAUUUAAGAGGAUUAUAUAUUCUUGUUGAUUUAAAUGAAGAUUUUUAUUGGGAGAAUGUAUUCUUAAUAUUAGCUGAAUCAUCACCAAAUAAUUUGUUUAGGUUUAAAUUUAAUAUUUCUCAAAUAUUAAAUGAAUUAGAAUUAACGCAAAUAUUUUUUGAUAAAUGGAAAGAUAGAGCUCCUAUGUUAUUACAAUUCAAAGAUUGUUAUAACAAUUCUUUGGAAGAUUUUAAAUGGAUUUAAAAAAAUUGAUUAUUUUGUUUUUUUUUUGUAUUAUUUGAGGUUUUUUUUUUUGACAUAUAUAAUAGUAACUUAACGAAAAUAAAUAAUAUGGCGAGAUUUUGUUAAUAUUUAGUGU